ACUGAUAAUCAGAAAAGGGAUACUACCCUGGAUAUUAUAACCGGUAUACAUAUUAUGGAUAGAUCCAUCCACCUCUUUAUUUUGGAAGGAUUGAAAGACAAAGCUAUUAAAGAACUGUGGGAAACUCUAUCAAGCAGGCCAAAAGGAGAGAAUGAAAAGCUAGAGACCCUGUACAACUCAGAAAUGGCUUUCUGUAAGCGAUUAUACAAAGAUCUUGGAGUUUUGUUGUGCCACAUUCAUCUGCUUGAAAAUCUCACAUCCUUAGUGAAUCAGCCACUUCUCUAUGUCAGGAAUAUGGUUCCUCCAUUGUGUUUUCACGCCUUGUCAAGGUUAGACUAUAUCCGCAGUGCCAAAAAACUGCGAGACAUCAUCCAUGCCAACCUGCUGCCCUCCGCAGAUAUGAUCCACCUUCUGAGCCGUGAAUUUGGAAUUCCAUUCAAUUUUGAUGACUUGCUUGCUGGCACUGAUCCUAACCUUAAUAAAAAUUUGGUGAUUUCUGAAUGGGAAGAUAACUGGUACAGGAAACACUGUUGCACAGCUCAUUAGAUAAUAACAAUCAAGCAUACAUUCUGUUGAAGUGGGAAAUGGAGAGGCAAGAGAUCAAAGAUCACAUUAAGAGAAACAUCAAGAACAUUUAUCAAUUAAGCAGAAAGGUGAGAAGACCCAGAGUUGAGUAUGUGGAGAUCGUCCCUGUGGAUGGGGUGGCUGUUCACAACUACAGCACUCAUACAUUAAAUUCCACGGCACUGGCAUACAGAAUACUACGACAGAAAAUGGAAGAGGAGUCAAACCACAGAUUCACAUACUCUGCAGAUUUCCAGUCAGCAACUGUGAGUCCAGUGGACAUUCAGGAGGAACUUAAGAACAAAAGUGCAAAGUCCAGGGAGGAAUGGAUGACGUCAAAUGGAUUCAUAUAUCCAGGAUACAAAAGCAGCAUUGAUUGCAACAGACACCCCAAAAGGCCAGAUGAUUCCCGGAUACUAGAAUUAACAAAGGCCUGGAAAGAAAAUAUACUGCAUGCAAAUACUCUACAGCCCACCCUUUCCCGAGACCGCUGGAGCUGGCCUAAGCGAAACAUUGAUUUCAACCUGUACAGGAAGCCCCCAGAGAGAUGCUCAGUGUUGGACCCG